GUCACCGUGCAAGCCACGUGUUCCACCCUAGCAAUAAUGACCCUUGACCGAUAUUGCGUAAUUUCUAAACCACUAAAGGCCCGCGCUAGAAGAACAAAGAAGGCAGUAGUGUUGGCUAUUGCCAUAUCCUGGAUAGCUUCCUUCUUAAUGCACAUACCAAUAGCUGUGUACACAGAAGUUAUGAUCGAUCCAUACUACUUAACACCAGUAUGUGUUUCGUCGUUAAUUUUUAAGCCGUUUCUCUCAAAGAUGUACGACGUUUACAGUGUAUUGGUUAUGUUCGUCAUACCGGUAACCGUCAUCAUCGCAUCAACUGCCAGUAUAGUGCAUAUGGUGUGUUGCAUGCAAUUACCAUCUAUGCUGCGCAAGUCACGCACCACCAACCAGCGAAUAACACAUAAAUGUGGCAAGCAGACGACUCGCCGUGUAGUUACCAUUGAAAAUGAAUUCCCCACGGAAAAGAAAUUACACAUUACUGCAAUGGUGGUUAUUGUUGCAGUGCUCUUCAUCGUUUGCUGGUGUCCUGUCCAUGCCAUUGCGCUUUAUUAUUCGUUCGUCACCCAUGAAUCGUACAAUCCUGUUGUCAGUAUGAAUCUCUCGGUUGUCGCCCUGUGCCUGUCGUACAUCAACUCAUGUGUAAACCCAGUCGUGUAUGCUUUUGUCGGGAAAAAAUACCGCAAAUACCUGUUGGCCAUAUUUCCUUGUAGGUCGAAGCCUCCACCUCGCGAUUAUCAGAUGAGCACGGUUGCUGUGGGAUCACGAAGUUCAGUAAAGACAUUAUGA